UUGAUAACAUCGUUGAUUUGAGUCUGAACGCUUCGGUCGAGGGCGGUGGUUUUCAUUCGGCGUAGCGAGGGGAAAUCACCAAAGGUCUCGCCUUUACAAAUUAAUCCUAAAUACUUAAGUGUUUGGACACCACAUCACUCUGCAUCUACACCCAGGGCCCCUUCAGUGCUAUCAGGGGGAUGUCAGCUGCCUGUCUCGUGCGCCUGGCCAGGUGCAGCUGUCCUCAUCUGGGUCGCAGUGGGCUUUUACAGAAGCCAUUUGUUCCACAACAACUCCAUGACACCCAUCCAGAGUUUGCAGUAUCCCGCAGACAAAUUUAUGGACCCUCGGGGAGCCGAAACAGCAACACGCGCUUUGAUCCAGAUAGCAGUGGCCGUCCUACCACUUGGGAUUCGUUUGGCAUCUGGGACGAUCGUAUUGAUGAGCCCAUUCUGCUGCCUCCCAGCAUUCGUUACGGCAAGCCCAUUCCCAAAGUUAGCUUAUCGAAGGUAGGCUGUGCCUCUCUCAUCGGGCAGCGCAAAGAGAAUGAAGACCGCUUCCAGGUGUCCCAGUUGACAGACAACAUCCUCUACUUUGCUGUGUUUGAUGGGCAUGGUGGACCAGAGGCAGCUGACUUCUGUGAAAAAUAUAUGGAGAAGUUUAUCAAGGACCUUUUGGCAGAUGGAGAAAAUCUGGAAUUGGUUUUGACGAAAGCAUUCCUUGAGUUAGACAAAGCUUUUGCGAGGCACUUACACUUCUAUCCAAAUGGACCUGGGACGAAUGCAGGAACCACUGCCACUGUGGCGCUGUUGAGGGACGGUAUCGAGCUGGUGGUUGCUAGUGUGGGGGAUAGUCGUGCCAUGUUGUGCCGCAAGAACAAGGCCCUUAAACUCACUGUUGACCACACCCCCGAGAGGAAAGAUGAGAAAGAGAGGGUAAAGAAAAGCGGGGGCUUUAUUACAUGGAACAGUUUGGGACAGCCAAACGUCAACGGCCGGCUGGCAAUGACUCGUAGUAUCGGAGACUUUGACCUGAAGAAGAUGGGGGUCAUUGCUGAGCCCGAGACCAAAAGAAUACUGUUACAUCCCGUCCACGACUCGUUUCUGGCACUGACCACAGACGGCAUUAACUUCAUCAUGAAUAGCCAAGAGAUCUGCAAUGUUAUCAGUGAAUGCCAACUCCCCAAAGAAGCAGCUCAGAGAAUAUCUGACCAGGCUCUUCACUACGGUUCAGAGGACAACAGCACAAUCAUUGUGGUGCCGUUUGGUGCUUGGGGAAAACACAAGAGUUCACACUCAAGUUUCUCCUUCAGCAGGAGCUUUGGGUCCAGUGGGCGCUGGGCCUAGUCAGCAGGAACGCUGGACUGAAAGGUCUGGUCUGUGGACCCAGUUAUUGUGUGCAAUAUAUUUGGUUCCCUUAAAUGAACAGUGAUACCUUAUGGUUAAAGCAUGUUUUUAAGAACAGCGUGAUAUUUAUCAGCCUCCGUGAAGUUGGAUCUAGAACAUUUGUGUUGUGCACAAAAGAACCCCUCUUAUUUCAAGUUUUGUCUACGUUCAAGCUCAUGACCUCAUAGGUGUUAAAAGCCAACACGUUUUUGAAUGGCAGAUAAGAAUUUGAAAUGACAUGUAAGAUUGGGAAAUGCAGGCUCCUGCACAGUGGCUACGAUUUUAGGACUUGCAUUCCUGACUGUUUGCCUUUUCAGAUAUAUUUUAGUAACUCUUAAUGUCAGGUAUGAACAUGUAUUUUUAUUACUUUAAAGUUUAUGCCAAAUGUGCAAGUUGGUGUAACUUGUCCCAAUAUGGCUUUUUUUCCCCCCCGCUCAAUGUAUAUUUUAUCUUAGUCUCUGCAGGUUUUAUUUUUGGACAACUCGAUGCUAAAGUGACAACAUCUAAAGACAGAAAACAGGGGAAAUUAAGCACUUGAAUUUUAAUCUUUGAUAAUCAUUGGAACGAAUUCUAAAUCCUUAUGGGUUUGUCUUUCUGCUUAAAAUAUUUACCAAAGCAUAAAUGGACAAAACGUGGAAGCCCUUUUGCACGGUCUUCAAGGUUUGGGAGAAAUUAGUUACUAGUGGAAUGUGGUUUAGAACCAGGGCCACUGAUUGAGUAACUUGUUCAUGCAAACUGCAUGUAAGUGGCUUAAAUGGACCUUUUGUAGUUACUAAAUGUCACCUGCAAUUUACAUGCUGCUCUAACCAAGUGUUGAUCCAUACUGAUAUGAAAAAUAUCUUGUUAGGACAAAAAUAGGUUUUGAGGGUACAGAUAUGUAUAGUACACAUAUGUUUUGUAAAUAGUUGUAUUUAUGUACUUCAGUAAAACUUAUAUUGUUAUAUUUGUUUAAUAUCUUGUCAAAUUCCCUAUAUCUAAAUAUUAUACACAUGCAGGAUCUCUGCAUAGUUGGUUGUAUUGUGUAAAUCUCCAUUAUUUUGUGUAUUACCCUGAUAUUGUGUGUGAUUCUCCCUACGAUUCGCGUUUAUUAGACGAAGCUUGGCACACUUAAUGCAACAUCACAGUUUUUGUUUUUCUUUCUUUUUUGAGCCAUCAGAUCUGUACGACGGUGUGAAUGUUUGCUUAAGGGACAGAUUUUUUUUUUUCUUUAAAUCUGAAAGGCAUUGUGGAAAUGAAGCUGUGUAACUUAUCCUGGCUGACCAAUGUGAGUAAAUCCAUUUUACACUGUAAAAUAGACUUGAAGUUGUUUUUGUUUUUUUCAUUUCCGUUAGCAGAAGUGUUGUGUGGUUUAUGAAAAACAAAUGUAACACUUUCUAAAUAUUAGCAUUGAUUUGUUUGUGACGAUGAAAAUGUCAGUUAUGAAUUUUUUUAACUCACUGAUUGAAACCAUGAUUUCUCAUAAAGACUGUGCUUCAGCUUAACACAGCCUCUUAUACCAACCUCCUAAUUCACUGCUCAAUAUUUCUCUUCUCUUGUUUCAUUGCUUUUCAAAUAUUCUCUCUGUAGAUGAUCUGUCCCUGGGACUUAAAUGUGACUGUAUCAACAACUCUGUACUGUGGAUUUUUUUUUUUUUUCUCUAUUUUUGUUCCAAGUUGUCAUAACUUCACUUAAAUAAAAUCCAUCAAAAGUU